AUGGCCGACAAGGAGCAGAACCAGAGCGCGGCCCAGCCUGUCGAUGAUGCGCCUAUCUCGCCCAUUGAACGAAAGAACUCGCUCGAGAACCAUCUCCAGCACCGUCCCGAUCGUGCCGCACUCGUCGACAAAAACAUCCUGCCGGCAUCCAGCGCCGCGCCGGGCCUCCUCUCACAGCAGAAGGAACUCCAGAAGCACAUGCUUGAAGACAAGCUCAACGACAAGAUUUCGCAUCGCCCUGACCCGGAGACUUUAGUCAAGGAUGGCGUCCUGCACGAGGACCCUCGCUCGGCGGAGGAGCGAUACGAGGAGGCAAUCGAGGACGAAUAUGCGAAGCGCGAGGGCGGUGCUUAG